AAAAGUACAAGGUGGGUUUUCCAACUUUCGUUUUCAUUUAUAAACUGAAUGACAUGCGUUACAGGUAAAUAACACUCGAUAUAAUAAUUAUUGAAACUCGUAUAUAUAUUGUUUAAUAAAACACGUGCUAUAGACAUAAUCUAUUGUUUGAAGCUAUAUGAAAACGAUUUUAGGGAAUUGAAUAACAAAUUCACAGUGAAAUUCGAAAACAAUGGCAGAUUUGAAUAACGAAAGGAAUCGGAAUUUAAGACACAAAUGCCUAAAGUUACCAGCAGGAAAGAAGUAUUACUUCUAUAUCAUAGCUGCCGAGGACGAUCGUGAACAGGUUGAAGAAAUUGUCAUCGUACUGAAAGAACGUUUCCACUUGAAAUGUUUAUAUGAUGUAGUUGAUUGUUACCCUGGUGUGGACAAGUUUAAUUUCAUGAAAGCGGGAAUGAAAGAGUCAGUAAAAGUUGUAUUAUUCAUGUCCCAGCGCUAUACAAACGACGAAUGGUGUAGUUAUCAACAAAAGAUUGCUUUAGCCGCAUCAUUCGAUGAGAAAAUUCCAUGUAUAGUUCCAGUUAUUCUUGAAGAUGUUGGAGAAGAAACAUUCUCUCUUCUUUCAUUUCUAACGUUUGUUAAUGCAAGAUGUGUCGAUGCAGCUGGGGUAGCCAGUAAAAUAGCAGAAUCCGUAGAUAGUUUGGAUUUGAGUAAGAGUAUGUUUCCACUAGAAUUCACGAACGUUAUAGCCAGAUUUGAAAAUGGGUACAGUGUUGAAAUUCCUGUGGAGAAAGACAAACUUCGAUUUAACAGACCUGCAAAGCGUAAGUUUAGUGUGAACAGAGACUUACUUACAGAGCUAACAAAUAGUCAAAUGAAGGUUUCUGAAGAGCUUUUACGCGAUGUUGUACAAUUAGUAAAUAGUGAUCCUGUGAUGAAGACCUACGACUUUUUGAAGAAAAGAAAUAUAUUUUGCUGGGGAAGUGUUUUAUCUUUACUAAUGCUUUUAUUAUUGAGCGCAUUGGUUUUAUUAAUUGUACUGGUAGCAAGUUCAACUAGAGACCGGCCUGAUUUGGGUCUGCCUUUUGUAGUGGUGCUAAUGUUGAUGUUAGAGGCGGCUGUUACUAAUGUGUAUCCAAUAAUUCUGAUUAUAUUGGUUUUGGCUGUUCCAAGAUAUUACCACCGAGAAAAGUUAGACAUAGACCUCCAAAUGAAAAUAUGCAGCCAGUAUUUAAGGAGAUGCAUCGAUAAUGACGUCAUAAUUGUUUUCUCGGGACGAAAAAACCGCCAACCAAGCCUUCAAGUGGUCAGGUACAAUUUUAGCAAAUGUCAGGACUAUUUGGAAUACUUUAUCCAAGAACGCCGACACCAUUUACUUGCAGACAUAAACAUCACCCCAAAGGAAUACGCUUUGAAUAUGAUUGAAAUUCAUACUGCCGAAAUAUCAAAAGUCAUGACCUUAAAUAACGACGACCUGCCUGAUGCAUCACAGAACCGACAUACCCUUAGAAAAGGAAAGGAAUGUCUCUGUCAAAGAAUAGAACGAUGUCUCUCACUUGUCGAAAGAACAAACAUCAUUUGACACUGCGUCUAUAAUAAUGGUUUCGGCUAGAAUUUGUUCGAAAAGACAGGCGUGACAGACAAAUAUACUUACAAAGACGUCAUAACACUAGUGAAAUUAAAACAUCGCUUUUAUUCAAAUAUAGUUCAUAUAUAUGAAAUAAAAGGCUAAAAAAUAACGGGCACGGUACAUCUAAACGUUGUUUACAACGAGUGGUAUACAAUUACUAUAAUGGAUCAAUUCACAUCGAUGCAGCCCAGUGUUUCCCUGGUAGAUGCAAGAAUUAUCUUUCAUUUAUCAGUGUUAGAUACCGUUGUAAAGUUACCAGAAUAGAGUUUUUGUUUUGAUCAUAUGUAUGAUAUCUCAAUUUCUGAGGAACAAGUAUACUUUUAGUAUGUAUUUUUUAAGAAUCUAAACAAUAAAAGUUGCAAUAUCAAACAACAACGCACCCCAUGUCACCUGUUUCCGUUAAAAUACAUAUCAAGCUUGUCGUAUUGAAAGACAUCAUGUGUUAUAUAAUUAUAAUCUAUAUUAUUAAUAGAGAUCAUUUGAUAACAUUGUGUAUGCACAUUUAUUUGUAUAUAAAGCAUUUGUAAAGGCA